UAAACCUUUGUCACCCUACCGUCCUCUCUGUUCAUUGCAUCCAAUCAGCUCAUGCUGGAGCGCAUGAAUGGUAGCGCUGUAUCAAUAGAUCGGCUGGUUGGAGAGCUAUUUGCAAAACAAAGAGGCUUGCAACGUGAUAAGGCUACUGGGCAGCAUUGGGAAAGCUGGAAAACUAUACUUUAAAAAAAAAAACAUCACUGUACUGUUUUACUUUUACUUUUUUUUGUUGUGAGUCGAGUUAAACAGAAGCUGGGUGUAUUGUUGCCUAGUUCGUAUUGAGAAAGUUAUCCUGUCUUGAUAAGUCAGAGCGACGGUAGUCUUAUCUGACACUGUAGCUUCUUUAUUUUGGAUACAUCGUGACACGGUUGUGCUUUUAUUUGAGGGAUUGUGCCUUCAAAAGAGGAAGUAAAAGAAGCCUUCUGUCUGGUUGUUGGGCUCUCUGCGAACUGCUUUCAUGAGGUAACAGAGGGCAAAAGAAGAAAAAACUACCCCAAAAAACACUACCUCCCCUCCCCCAACCCCCCAACCUUUGUUUCAUCCGUAGCCGAGCGAUGGGUCAAAAAAUCUCAGGGAGUAUAAAGUCUGUGGAUGUGAGGGAACCUGCAUUCCGGCCGAUCAGACGGGAGCUCCGGGGCCCCGACUUCUGCAAACCUGCCCGGCUGGAUAUGCUGCUGGACAUGCCUCCGGCCCCCAUGGACGUCCAGCUGAAACACUCCUGGAACAACGAGGACCGCUCGCUCAACAUCUUCGUCAAGGAGGAUGACAAACUGACCUUCCACAGGCACCCGGUGGCCCAGAGCACAGACUGCAUCCGGGGCCGGGUGGGCUACACCAGGGGGCUGCACGUCUGGCAGAUCCACUGGCCCACGCGACAGAGAGGGACGCACGCUGUGGUGGGAGUGUCCACGACUGAAGCCCCCUUGCACUCGGUGGGCUAUACCUCACUAGUGGGCAGCAACGGCGAGUCAUGGGGCUGGGACCUGGGACGCAACAAGCUGUACUACAACAGCAAAAACCAACCUGGACUUACUUAUCCCGUGUUUUUGGAGCCGGAUGAGUCAUUUGUGCUGCCGGACUCUUUGUUGGUGGUUUUGGACAUGGAUGAGGGGACACUGAGUUUUAUAGUGGAUGGGCAGUAUCUGGGAGUGGCCUUCAGAGGACUCAAAGGGAAAAAACUGCAUCCGAUUGUUAGUGCGGUAUGGGGUCACUGUGAAAUUACAAUACGAUACAUCAACGGACUUGAUCCGGAGCCUCUUCCCUUAAUGGACUUGUGCCGGAGAUCAGUCCGCCUAGCCCUCGGCAGAGAUCGGCUGCAGGAAAUAGAAUCGCUACCCUUGCCUCAGUCCCUGAAGAAUUAUUUACAGUACCAGUAAAUAAGAAAAGAAGAAAAAAAAACUUCUGGACAAAAUCGAUGCAAACGAUGAGAUGACGGAAGCUGUUUACACACGAGUGCUGCUCAUCUCUGUGGUGAACACUUGAGUUUUUAUUUAAUGUGGUGUCGUUCUAAAUAAGUAUUGGCAGAUCUCUGCAGAGCACAAUAGCAACUACUUCACUGGAGGCAGGAGUUCGCACACCCUCUGAAUCGCUGAGAAGACGUGAACCCUCUGGAGAUGCCUGUGUUCUGGAUCAGGCCUCUGCUUCCCACGCACAAACACCAGGAUGGACUACAUUGGAGUAGUAGCUUAGCAAAAUAUUUUUUCAUUCUUCAUUGUGGGUCUUUACCACCAUUGCAAGACCGUUUUUCUUGUAAUUAUAGAAUAUAAUAUAUUACGCUAUUACUUUUUUUAAAAUUAGAAUCCUGCUAGAUCUGGCUGGAGCUUAAUAUUUAUUCUGAUACAUUCAAAGCAAAAUGAGUUCCUAGGAAGUUCUGCAUGACGACGUCCUUGAAUCUGUUCACUACCAUGCUAUCUUAGACAAAUCACCUUUUCAAAGCUUAAGUCUCUCUCUUCUUUGUUGUUUUUUGAACAGUUUAAUUUGUAUCUUUUUUUUUAAUGAGCUCCCUCUUUUUUAUUGUGUGUGUGGUUUAUUAUAAUGUUUAUUUAUCAUUUAGAAUCAGAGAGAUUUUUUUAAAGCUGCUCUCAGUACCCAGGAUAAUGUCUGGUUUGGAGCUGCACAAUAAUUCUACUCUAUUGUCACUCUAUUGUUUUAUAAAUAUAUUUUUUAAAGAUGCUGCUUUUCUUUUAUGGUUUUUUUCUUGUUUAAAUCUGCCUGAGUUCUCUGCUUUUUAACUGGAGUCUGUUGGCAGGAAGUUGAAUGUAUGGACAAUGAUGCCUUUAGCAUAUUUUAAUGUGAAUAAAACGAGUGAAUGAAGGAGA